CUUCUCCCAAUUGGGGAAACUAGAGCUGAAAUGCGUAGCUUUUCGAAACUGUUUACGAAAUCUCACAAGAUGACAAUGCUUACUUAGUCCUUAACAGUUCCUCGGCAAGAGAUGUCAAAAUAACGUUAAGCUUUUCACAACAGUAAUUUGAAAAUGAAUAUUUGCUCGCGAAGUUCUUUUUAUUUUCUUCGAACAUUCGGAUUUAAUACCUAUUAACAUCAAAACCGUUGCAAAUCAAUUGCCAUUCAAUUCAGCAAUAAAUUCAUGAAACUUAAUACGUGUUUCUAUUCGAAAACCGAAUAAAGAUAAAAUACUUAAGUAGUAUCUCUAUGAACCGCGACUUUUUAAUGUACAAAUGCUAUUUGAAGGUGUUAGAGUGCAGUGCUUCGUUUUGACCGAAAUUCAUAGAACGUGAACGGAGUCUAAUGUCGCGUGGGCUCGUUGUAUGAAGUUGCAAUUCUGAACUUGAUUUGUAAUAGUUAUUUGAACGUGAUUCGUUCUGCAAAAUUUACUCGAUACAUCAUAUUAGCUAUCUUUCACAUUACCCCCUUCAACGCUGCAAGCAAAAAAAAUUGCAAAAAGCAAAUUAAAAACUGCCAACCGAAUUCACAAUAUGUUUAGUUAAUUAAUGUUUUAAAUUGAUUUGGUGGUUUUUGGUUUUUUAAAAACCAAAACAACAAAAAAAAAAAUAAUUUGAUUGUGAUUAAAUUUUCUCUCUAUGGAAAUCUUAAUAAAAAAACUUCUUUAUACUGUAUUUUAAGCUGUACUUGAUUUUCAAGAAAAAAGAUAAAAUAAAUUAAAAAGUGCGUAGACGUGAUUUGUUUCGUGGGUUGAAAUUGAUUUUUUUAUGUGAAAACGGCCUUUGCAAUGAUUGGAUAAAUUCGCAUUUUGCUUAGGGCAAAGCCGCUCAUCAAUCGUCUAGAGAAAUAAAGCAACAACAUUCAAAGAGAAAUACAAGAGCACACCAAUGGGAGGAGUCUCUAACGUAAUUGCUUCCCAGCAAAAGGCUACCCUUAUUAAGUAUCUUAAAGUCAGCAAAAAAGGACAAAUGAAACUAUUAUUCAUUCACUUCGUAUUUACAAAACGGCUUUGAGAAGUAAUUGUAUCCGUAACAGGAGUGAGAAUAAAGAAAAAAGAAUCUGAGUCGUAAAGAUAAAGCAGUGAAAAAUGACGUUGCGAAGACAGAAUAUUCUAUAUAUUGUAUUAAUUUAUUUAAAGAUUAAAAGCUCAGCAGGAUAUGUUCAAAGUAACCUGGCGGAAGUAUCCUUGAAAGGAAUUGAGUAUAAUGAUGCAGUAAAAUUAUGGUCUAGUUUAACGGAAACAAAACAAAAUCUAUUUAGUUCGAAUAGUUUAGUGAAGGAUUCUAUUGAUCCGGAUGUCGAUGUUGACAGAAGAAAAGGCUUUGAGGAAGUUGCAGUUGACUAUAAUAUAAAUGUUACAUCCGUUCUAUGGAAAAAUGCAUCACUCAACUAUGCUCUGAUUGACUCUGAAGGUAGAACAUCCGCCGAAGAUAAUUUGAAGAUUGAAAAAAUUCAAAGUGAGGAAGUAGAUUUGUUAUGCGCUGAAGGACAUGACAACAAUUGGAACUCCACUGUUGCAAAUCGGACAUGUUUUGACGACAAUCUACCUUGUAAUGCAACGAAGGCUGAGUACAUGCAGUUUCUCUUCGACUAUUUGUAUCCAAAAACAUCUGAAUGGAUCCUAAUUUUUGUUCAUGGACUUGUAUUCAUAACUGGAUUGGUAGGAAAUGCACUUGUUUGCAUUGCUGUCUACACAAACUAUUCCAUGAGAACGGUAACAAAUGUUUUUAUUGUCAACCUGGCUGUAGCAGAUUUUUUAGUAAUCCUUGUAUGCUUGCCACCUUCCGUUGUGUGGGAUGUCACGGAAACAUGGUUCUUGGGCCAAUCCAUGUGCAAAAUUGUUCUUUAUUUUCAGACCGUAUCUGUGACUGUUUCUGUCCUUACGCUUACCUUCAUAUCCGUGGACCGAUGGUAUGCUAUUUGCUUUCCUCUUCGAUACAGAACAAAAAUUAGUCGAGCAAUCGCUUCAGUUUCUUUUAUAUGGAUUGUUGCACUAUUGUCAGAUAUACCAGAAUUCUUGGCAUUGCAUUUGAAGAAGCCUAAGUUGCGGUUUGAAUCAGUGCUGUUUACUCAAUGUGGAACUACAUGGGAUCUUCAAACGGAAAUGAAUUUCUAUUUAACUCAACUUGUAUUGCUUUAUAUAUUACCACUUAUGCUAAUGAUGAUUGCAUAUUUUAAGAUUGUGCGAAUCCUUUGGAAAUCUGACACAAUACCAGGACAUAGAGAAUCAAGAACCCAUCAAUACUCUUGUGGAUAUCUAAGAGGAAACAGCACAAUGGUUAACUCCAGCACUAUGGGUCAGUUGAGAGCGAGAAGAAAAGCCGCAAAAAUGUUGGUAGCAGUGGUUGUAAUGUUUGCCACCUGCUACUUUCCAGUACAUGUUUUUAAUUUGUUAAGGUAUACUGGAAACUUGCAUGGCGGUGAAAUAACAACAAUAUUUUCUCUUUGCUCUCAUUGGCUUUGUUAUGCAAACAGUGCGGUCAAUCCUGUUAUUUACAAUUUCAUGAGUGGUAAAUUUCGUCGAGAGUUUCGCAAUGCUUUAGAUAAAUGCAGGUGUGGCCGCAUUCGUGUGGAGGAUCGAUCUUUUAACCAGAGUAACCCCUUGUCCAGACUUCACAAUAUCAGUCCCAGUAUAAGAAGCAAUUAUAAUCUAACGAGUGUAAGAGACAUCACUUUGACGCGGGAAAGCUCCCGACAGGUAAAAGUCAAGACAAUGCAAACAACAUUUGUUGAGAACAAUGGUAAUGGGCAUUCCAUUAACACACCCAUAUUGAGCUCGAAUAAGGAUCUAUGACGAGAACGACUGAGGGUAUCGUGGUCGAAAACUGUUCCUCCCAGAGAUUGUUACAGUUGUAAUGAUCCAAUUGUAUAAGUUAUCUCAGAAAAGCAUUAAUGUAUUAUUAAGAUCUUGUAAAUAAAAUAAAUUGUGAGAAUUUGAAA